CUGAAAUGAUGCGACUGAACGGGAACGUAACUCAACAAACAAAUGGUGACGGGUGACGGUCUAUGAUUAUUGACUACGACAGCUCAUCGUUUGUAUAACAGUAAUUUUUUUGUACAUUCUAUCAACAAAAAUAUUGCUAAAUUAUUACUGUUUCUUUUAUUAAAAUGUGGGACCCGACACAUGUGCAAGUAACAGUCCAAAGAGCCCGCGGAUUAUUAAUUAAAGGUAAAAACGGUACAAAUAACUGUUUUGUUACUAUUGCCCUCGGUAAAGAAAAGUUUCAAACUUCCGUGAAACACAAAGCUACUGAGAACGUCGAAUGGUUAGAAGAAUGUGAACUACGUAUUCCAACUCACGGUAAUACUGCUGAAAUCGUUUUGAAAGUUUACGACGAGGAUUUUGUAAAGGACCACUUACUAGGUCAAGUAUCGAUUCCGUUAAAAGACCUCGAUGUCUAUGAACGUCCAAGAAAUCGCUGGUAUGCAUUGCAAGGUAAAACUGGGAAAGAAAAUGAUAAGAAAAGAGGCGAGCUUGAAGUAAAAAUAGGUUUUACAGUAAAAGAAGGAAGCCUGACAGAUCUUAGUAAAAAAGAAAAACAUAAAUCAUCUUUGUCAAGUAUUGCUCAGAAUGUAGGCGGAAGCCUUAUGAGUAUCGGAAGUAUUGAAAAACGUAAAGGUAUCAAGAAAUUUGCUAAGAAUCUGGGUUCUAAAAUUAAUCUGACCAAGAAAGAUAAAAAAAGUGAUACUUUAUCACUUGAUGGCAGUGUGGGAAAUCUCAAAACUCCGACUUUGCUGACGCCUGACCAUUCAACACCUAAAAGAUUGUCAGGAGAAGCAGACCCUGGUGUAAUUAGUGAAGAUGAAGAUGAAUUUGCUUUUGAUGACCUGUCCCAUAAAAGUUCUGGGAGUUCACUAAAUGUCCACACACUACCAAGAGGGCACAAAUAUACUCCAUCGCCAGUUAAUGCCUCCCUUGAAAACCUGGGAGGUGGAGAAUUCUUAAGAAGAUCAACAAGCAGUAACUUAGCAGUACCUGAUAAGUUAGCACCUCAAAAACCUGUCCGCUUGAGUUUAGACACAUUCACAGCUCCCCAGCUGCCCGCUCAAGUGAUAGAUAAAAAUGAUGAGUGGUCCCAAAAACUUUACUCCCGUCCAAAAUCUAACAGUCAGAGUACUAUUGACAGAGAAAAGUCAUCAAGUCUAGAAAGAAAUAAGAAACUAGAUAGUCCCAGUUCUCUGAAAGAAAAGCCUAGCCCAAAGUUCUUUAAAAAAUUUGGUAACAAUAACAAACCAAAAAAAUUGUUAGAGGAGCGAAUUAUUGUUGGUGAAGAGAACAUUGUUGAAGAAGAUGCUAUCAAUCCAGCCUUUAAUAACAUUCCCAAGACAGUCUUGCAGCAGUUUGAUGGAAAGACAAGAGAAGAUUUAAUUGUCAUGAUCUACAACAUGCAAAAAGAUGCAGAAGCUGAAAAGAAGAAGAAUAAAGAUUUAGAAAAUUAUUUAGAUGAAUUGUUACUUCGAGUUAUGGAAACAACUCCAAGAAUCUUACAAAACCCAUACACAAGAAAUAACAGUAUGCAUAUGAGGAACAAGUGAAUUUAAAACUUUCCAAAAUCUAUAUUUACUAUAUCAGAAGUGAAUUAUAUUGAUAUGAUAAUCACUAUUUUGAAAAAAAAAAAACUUUACAGAAUUGAGUCCAUCCAAAAUAAAAUUAUUAAU